GGAGAUAUUACAGGGGACCCAGCUUGCAGAGACAGGCACAAAGUCACAGGGUAAUGAACUUCGGGGACCCUUUGCCGCUGCGUGCGCGGCUCUCCCCGGAAACCAGGACCUCGCCGCCUCUUCCCUCAGAAGACUUCCCGGCCAUCUGGUUGUCCCACUCUGUGCUCUGCCUCGGGCAACGCUGAGCCCAUCGGCCUCUGAGACCCUGGUCGUGUGUUCGUUCCUUUCAAGUCCGGCCAUCUGCAGAGAUCUGCCGCACUCUGCAUGCCUAUGGAAGGGAGAGAUUAAAGACUGAGAAAUAGGAAUGGAAAGAGCCAGAGAUUUUGCCCUUUUCGCUCCGUAGGAAGAUCAUUUUCGUGUCUCCAUCUCUGUCCUUCAAUCUCCCUCUCGUGCUAUCCUCCCUUCUCCCUCAGUCGGCCUGUCUCUCCAUCCGUCUGCCCAUAUCAACAUUCCCCACAGCUGCAGUUUUGCAAGAGCCGGGAAGAAACUCAAGGAUGUUUACAUUUCCACUGUGGAACGAAUUCUGAGCGCCCGGGGAGCAGCAGCGCAGUGCGCGACCUACACCCACCUGUCCAUUCAGGGAGCCUCGCAGGCUGGAGGGCAACUGGAGAGUGGCGACGCCGGCUGGCGAGGCGGGCGCUGCCGGUCGGGACGCGGGCAGCGCCCACCAACCGCUCCGCCCCGGAACCGCCAGCAUGAGCAAGCCGGCCGGAUCAACAAGCCGCAUUUUAGAUAUCCCCUGUAAAGUGUGUGGAGACCGCAGUUCGGGAAAACACUACGGGGUCUACGCCUGCGACGGCUGUUCAGGAUUUUUCAAGCGGAGUAUCCGAAGAAAUCGAACCUACGUCUGCAAAUCUGGAAACCAGGGAGGCUGCCCUGUGGAUAAGACGCACAGAAACCAGUGCAGAGCGUGUCGGCUAAAGAAGUGUUUGGAGGUCAACAUGAACAAAGAUGCUGUGCAGCACGAGCGGGGUCCUCGGACGUCCACCAUUCGCAAGCAAGUGGCCCUCUACUUCCGCGGGCACAAGGAGGAAAACGGAGCGACCGCGCACUUCCCCUCAGCUGCGCUACCAACACCAGCCUUCUUCACUGCGGUCACACAGCUGGAACCUCACGGCCUGGAGCUGGCCGCUGUGUCCACCACCCCUGAGCGGCAGACCCUCGUGAGCCUGGCUCAGCCCACACCCAAGUACCCCCAUGAAGUGAAUGGGACCCCAAUGUAUCUCUAUGAGGUGGCCACGGAAUCUGUGUGCGAAUCAGCUGCCAGGCUUCUCUUUAUGAGUAUCAAGUGGGCCAAGAGUGUACCAGCUUUCUCCACGCUGUCUUUGCAAGAUCAGCUGAUGCUUUUGGAAGAUGCUUGGAGAGAACUGUUUGUUCUAGGAAUAGCACAAUGGGCCAUUCCGGUUGAUGCUAACACUCUACUGGCUGUAUCUGGCAUGAAUGGUGACAACACAGAUUCCCAGAAGCUGAACAAGAUCAUAUCCGAAAUACAGGCUUUACAAGAGGUGGUCGCUCGAUUUAGACAACUUCGCUUAGAUGCUACUGAGUUUGCCUGUCUAAAAUGCAUCGUCACUUUCAAAGCUGUUCCUACACACAGUGGUUCUGAACUGAGAAGUUUCCGGAAUGCUGCCGCCAUCGCAGCUCUUCAAGACGAGGCUCAGCUAACUCUCAACAGUUACAUCCACACCAGAUAUCCCACACAACCCUGUCGCUUCGGAAAACUCCUAUUGCUUCUGCCAGCUUUACGUUCUAUUAGCCCAUCAACCAUAGAAGAAGUGUUUUUCAAAAAAACCAUUGGCAACGUGCCCAUUACAAGACUGCUUUCAGAUAUGUACAAAUCCAGUGAUAUCUAAGCUCAUAAAGUACCCACUUUUCAGAAUGGGAUAGUAUCAGAUGGACUUCUACCCAUGGAGAACAAGCCUCAACUAACAAACCUUUCAGGAAGCAUAAGCCCUGGGAAUGUGUAGCUUUCAGGGGGAAAAAAUCCAAUUGAUACAAAACAAGUACAAUAAUUUUGACCUUCAGCAUCCACCAGGGCAAGGCGGCCCAGAAGGAAAGGAGCAAAGGGAUUAUCUGAGCAGAGACCUCAUGGCUGCCCUGCCCUGGGAGUGGAGUGGAGUUAGGGCUGCCACAGUCUGUGUCAUUCUGCCUCUUACCUGGAAGACUGGGCUGAGCUACCAAAAGCUGAAACACAAGUAGUGCUUUCCUUUCCUUCCUGGCAUAUGAAGUUGGGGAACCAAACACAUUGCUCUGUGUAUAAUGUCCUACAGCGGCCUUCAGAACGAUCUCUUGUUGGAGCAUUAUCUUUUUCAAUCAUUUUAACAUUUUAUCAACAGUUUCUCUUCCUUUGUAAUCAUUAAGUGGCCUUCACAACUGAGUUAAUAAGUGAAAAGUAGCUUAUGCCGUGAUUUGCUUUUGCCCUGUCUUCUUUUUUCUUUCCUUUUUCUUUCGUUCUUUCUUCCUCUUUUUAAUACCAUAGGCCAGGCAACCUUGUAAAAAGAAUUGGUGGAUGAACAUCAGAUUCUCACCAGGACUUCAAGUUGGAUAACAUCUCAAAAACAGAAGAGCUUUACUAAAAGAACCCAGUUGAGGGAGGAUAAAUAAACACAGCAAAACCAAAUAGAGAACUGAUGAGUGGUUGACUGAGGCAGAUUGCUGUCCCAUUAACAUAGUGCUGAAACCAAAGGCAAUGGGGGUCCAAACUCGUGGUUCGGAGAGUCACAUCAGACAGUGAAUGAACAUGGACAGGAUGCCAGAAGGAUUAACCUGAACAUUAACAGGUUUCUUGAUUGGUCUAUUGCUAACAAUCCGAGACUCUUCAAUGCCUUUCAGAAAACUCUGGUUUCUAGUAAAGCUUUGGUUAUGUGCACAUGCGUGUACACGCACACAUACACACACACACACUGUCCACACUAUAAGCUGCUCCUUUGGUAUGAAUCUAUACUUAUGGAAAUGUAGAAACAAACAUUUUAAAAUAGCUGCUGUACUUCUCACAUUUUGAUUUAUUAGGUACUAGCACUGAGGGGGAAAAAAAUCAGCACUUGGACUAUCAUAGUAUGAAUAAAACUUUUCUUGUACAAAGUGAAUUAACUGAUUUGUGAAGUUAAAAGGUUGUACUCAUUGUAUUUACAAAGAAUAAAAAUAUAUUGAAUUUAAAUGA